CGCAGAUUCUUUAAAAUAUAACAAAUUCAAAUUUAUGUUCAUAUUAUAUAAAGAAUUUCCUCAAUUAUCAGUAAAUAUACUUGAAAUGUGUAAUGUUACAAAUAAAGGUAAAAUUCACUGGAAUAAAAUUUUGGAUUUCAUAAUUUUUGAAAAUUUAAACCAUAAAAAAGCUUAUACUGCAAAUUAAAUCGUGUAAAAUAGUUUUAAAACCCUUGGUUAAUGGAUGAAUUGGUUAAAAUUCGAUGUUAAUCCCCACUAAUAGUGAUUUUUACUAUUUAUUUAUUUAAAGCAGCUCAAUUAUUAUUUUGUUAAUUUAUCUGUUGUAAAAUUUCAUGUGUAAAAUUAUUGUGAAUAUAUUUUCCAUGUUGAAAAAUAUAAUUUAAUGCAGAACAUUUUUGUGUAAUUAAUUACUUUUUUGAGAAAAUGAUUCUUUCAACUUUACGCUGUAAAAACUUUAUUAAAUCCACCUCCAGUUCCUUAAAUCUUGCUCAAUUUUCCAAAAACCAGCGCCGGUUUGUGAGUAAGGAGUUGAGGCAUGGGACUGAGUGCAGACAAGGUCUCCUGGCUGGUUGUAAUCAGCUGGUCGACGCUGUGAGUGUAACUCUUGGUCCAAAGGGUAGAAAUGUCAUAAUAUCUUCCUCUUUUGGUCCACCGAAGAUAACAAAGGACGGAGUUACAGUUGCCAAGUCAGUUGAACUACCUGAUAAACUUGCAAACAUGGGCGCACAGCUUAUUAAACAGGUUUCAUCAAACACUAAUGACAAGGCUGGUGACGGAACUACCACUGCCGCAGUUCUUGCCAGAGCUAUUUUCAAAAGAGGCUGUAAACUUGUUGAUUCCGGUCUCAAUCCCAUGGAUCUUCUCAGAGGGAUAAAUGUGGCAAUUGAGAAGGUAACUGGAUUUUUGGAUGGAUUAAAGAGAGAAGUAACAACUGAUGAAGAUAUUAUGAACGUCGCUACCAUCUCAGCCAACGGCGACAAAGUUGUCGGCAAACUCAUCACCGACGCCAUGAACAAAGUUGGAAAGGAUGGUACGAUAACAGUGGUUGAGGGUAAGACGUUGAGUCAUGAGUUGGAGGUUGUGGAGGGUAUUAAGUGGGACAAGGGUUACAUUUCACCGCACUUUGUAACUAAUGUUAAGGACAUGAAAGUGGAAUUUGACCGUCCCUACGUUCUCCUCUGUAAUGAAAAGGUCUCCAACAUCAAGACCAUUUUACCCAUCCUUGAACAUGUUUUACAACAACAAGCACCCCUACUUAUCGUUUCUGAAGAUGUCGACGGCGACGCACUGGCCAUGCUAAUUGUCAAUAAAUUAAGACUCGGCAUUAAAGUCUGCGCUGUCAAAGCUCCAGGUUUUGGAGAGCAUAGAAAAUCAACGUUACUGGACAUAGCUGAGAUGACUGGCGCUACGGCAUUGGGUGACGAUAACAAUUACGUGUCAUCUGAGGAAGAUUUCGUGUCAUAUUUAGGCCGUGCUAAGAGUGCCACAGUGACUAAGGACCACACGAUUAUCGUCGAGGGUAUGGGGGAUAAGGAAAGAAUUGAACAACGUUGUGAGGGGAUCAGGUCACUUAUUAGUACCACUGACUCCGAAUAUGAAAAGGAUAAACUUAAAGAAAGAUUAGCAAGACUCACUGGCGGGGUUGCCAUUAUUAAGGUUGGAGGAGCGAGUGAAGUUGAGGUAAAUGAAGUUAAAGACCGCGUUGAAGACGCACUCUGCGCCACCAAAGCCGCCGUCGAAGGUGGAAUAGUGCCUGGAGGCGGUACGGCGUUAUUUUAUGCUACUAAAGUCUUGGAUGAGCUUAAGACUGAGAACUAUGACCAGAAAAUGGGCGUCGAUAUUAUCAGACAGUCGAUUCAGGAACCUCUGAAACAAAUCGCCUCAAACGCUGGCUUCGAAGGCUCCGUAAUCGCCGAUACUCUACUCAAAAAUAACGACCACUCCCACGGAUUCAACGCACAAACCGGACAAUUCUGCAAUAUGUUCACUGAAGGAAUUUUGGAUCCUACGAAAGUGGUAAAGACGGCGCUUACAGAUGCGGCGUCAGUGGCUUCACUGAUGACAACUUCUGAAGUGGCGAUUUUCGACUCAAAACAAGAAAAACCUGAAGAAACUCCCUCAAGUCCAAUGUAUUAAACCUUAAAUACGGUUAACCUGGGUUAAGAAUUUUCCAAUUCUAGAACGCAGUUUUACCAGAGGAUUCCAAAAUUAAAUGCAGUUAAUUUGUUUUCACAUUACCAA